CUGGGACACUCUUCAUCACCCCUCAGCCUCCGCUCUCUCUCAGUCACUGUCGGCUCCGGUCACCGCUUUUCCUCUUACUGUCUCACCUGUUUCUUAAAGACUGGAAAUUUGGAAUAUCUAGUUCAACUUUGAUCUAGUGUGAUUAUUGAAUGAAGUUGAAGACUGUUUUCCUGUUACAUAAACCACAACACAUGAUGAUGGAUUGGCAAGGGCAAAAGCUAGCAGAGCAGCUAAUGCAGAUCAUGCUGUUCUCAUUUGCAGCGGUAGGGUUUCUGACAGGUUAUGUGCUGGGAUCAUUCCAGAUGAUGAUCCUCAUAUAUGCUGGUGGUGUGGUCCUCACUACAUUGGUCACUGUCCCCAAUUGGCCCUUUUUCAAUCGCCAUCCUCUCAAGUGGUUGGACCCAAGUGAGGCUGAAAAGCAUCCGAAGCCACAGCGCCAACAGGCUGCGAGUUCAAAGAAGAAAAGCUCAAAGAAGUAGGUCGGUUUGACUGAUAGAAAUGAAUUAGCAUCUGCUAAGAUUUCAAUCCUUGAUUUCUGAUAAGCCUGUGCUAAGAUUUCAUUGGAUACAACAUUGUACCUGUUUGAAAUUUUUUUUUUAUAUUUAGAGGGAAACUAAAAGGAAAAGGAUAUGUUGAUUUCA